AUGUAUCAUGUUGUAUUCCAAAAUCCCAAACCUCAAUCGUCGGUGGACCGACGGCUCGCCCAAUUGCAGGAUGCGGAUGCCAGAUCUCACGCAGCUAAGAUCGCUUGGCUGAAGAAAAAAGCCCGAGAGCACGUUCGGGGCAGCUCCAUCAAGCAUUCCGAAGAUGAGUCGGCAAUGUUGACGGCUCCCAAAGUUGCGGAACCUCCGGAGCCCGAGUACUUGAAGCAGCAGCAGCAGCAGCAGCAUAUUGUCGUGGAGCAGAUCCAAAAGGCUCCGACUUACCGCCGGCAUUCACAUCCUCUAUCUAAGAGCGCUAGACGUCCUCCGAAAGAUAAAUUGUCUCUCCAGUUGCUGCUGUCGCAAACGAGCAGAGAUCCGUUCGACUCUUAUCCUGAACGUAGACUACCCGAGAAUGUAGAAAAGGUUGUUCAAUAUGGCAAAGCUUUCGACAGGAUAUGGCCGGAAAUGCUGUGUGCGGUACGAGGCGAGAAUCUGGCUGUUGCAAAACGAGAAUGGAGACAUCAUGGCCUUGACGAUGAAUUACUUUUCCACGUGCAGGUUGCACUCGCCUGCGGCCUAAAUCUAGCUCUCCAGAAUGUCCCCAAGGUGUCUGAGGCUCUUGCACUGGCCCGGUUAUCUCACUACUCCAAGGCCAUCAGGCUGUUGAAGCAGAGGAUUGAGAAUCUCGAAGGGCCAGCCUCGGAGGACCUCAUGAUGAGUGUUCUGAUAUUAGGUGUCAAUGCAGAUGUUGAAUCGUCGAUGCCAGAAUGUCACCCUCAAUCGCCGCUGGCGACCUCUCAAUAUAUGCAUCUCUAUGGCAGACUCACGCUAAUGCCAAGUUAUGCCACGGCACUGCAACAAUUGGUCAAAGAUCGAGGAGGGAUCUUUGCUCUUAAACACUUGGCCUUGCCGGAUUGGCUUCUCCUAGCCGAUCUACACCACGCAUCGCGGACCGGCGACAGACUCUUGUACCCUCGGAUCCGGCCAUAUCAUUCUAUCGUGGGCAGCGGCAGACACGUUCCUGACGCUAAAGCCAAGUUGCUCGCCGAGACACUUGGAAGCGGGAUUCGCAGCAUUGGGGAUUCUCUGGCCAUCAGCGUUCGCAAGGCGGUAGCAAAGGGCGUGGAAGCUACGGUGGCGUUGGACCACUAUUAUCGCCACGAGAACGAUCAACCACGCUUCGUAGAUGUCAUGCUCGCUGCAAAUGAGGCGCAGCGAUCGUUUCUGGAACUCGACUCAAAAGACGGGGUUGGUUUGGAGCAGCUCAUGCAUAACUGCUGUCGUCUGGGAUCAUUGCGAUAUGGUUCUAUUUCCGAUGCCGAGCUGCACCAAGAUAAAGCCACGUUUAGCUCGAGAGCUGAGACAGAUUUUGGAAGAUUUCGAAGAGAUACAGAUAGGAACAGAAAACUUCAAAGAUCCGAUCUCGGAUAUGGUUCUGUGGGUGCUGGUCAUGGGUGGAAUUGCAGCCACUUUCACCGAGCACCGACGGUGGUUCCAAGAUCGUCUGAGGGCCAGAUUGAGAAGAGUCAGAUCGGACGCGAGGUUUAG